AUGUUUAACUAUCAAAUUUUGUUUUUAUUUCAAUUAUUAAUAAAUUAUGGCACAACGAAUUGUUUUAGUUUGUUUGAAUCUUUAACAUCAACUACUAUAAUUCCAAAAAAUUUUUCUUUUUUUGAAAAUAUUACUUUAGGUGGACAAAAUGUAACUAAUAAUAUACAAGAUGUGGAGGAUGAUGAAUCGUCAGAGCCAGUAGAAUUUCUUGAAACAAUGAAUGGCGAUAAUUUGGUUAAGGGGGAUAAAGUUAUUGAAGUUCGAACAGAAUGGAAUACACAUGUAGGGAAUGAUGAUGCUGAAGCUACUGAAUAA